AAAUUUCUUGCAAAAAAGAUUUUCAAAAUUAUCUCCAGAUAAAAUUUGGACAAACAGAAAAAUAUUUGAUAUUCUCUUAUAAACUACACAUCUGAGAUGCCUCGUCAACGUUCGGGCAGCGCUUCACCCAAGCCUACAGUAUCAGGGCGACAUGGCGGCAGCACCAAGAGCAACAGUCGCAACAGCAAUCGCAGCGUCUUCUCUCGAGGCUCCGACAGCCGAAAUGUGCCAGUUGUACAGCCCAAAAAAGUAGAUACCAAACCGGCAACAGUUCCAUCGCCCUCCACUACACCAGAACCAGCUGGUCGUUCCACCAGCGAUAUGAUGAAAGAUAUGGCAGCCACUGCAGCGGGAGUAGCCGUUGGCUCCGCUGUAGGUCACGCCGUGGGCGCUGGGAUAACGGGGGCAUUCAGUGGAGGCGGAGGUGGAUCUCAAACAGCAGAUGUUGCUCAGCAGCCGGCGGCAGAGCGGCGACCGCGCAGUGAACUUGUUGAGGAGGGUCCUUGCGCUUUUGAAAUUAAGCAGUUCCUCAAAUGCAGCGAGGAGAACAGUGAUCUCAACAUUUGCCACGACUUCAAUGAGGCCAUGAAAAGAUGUCGUCAGCGCUAUAAUCUUUAAUUUCAAGAGGAGGCACGAGACUGAGAGCGAUAGAGUUCUGAAGUUCUGCAUGAAAACAAAUUUCGCUUAUUGGUUGAUUGAAUUAAAUUAUUUAAACAUAGCUUAAUUAAAUGCGAGAUGGCAAGAAAAAAUUUA